AGAAGUAGAUGAAGAAGAAGUUGAAGAAGAAGAAGAAGAAGAAAAAGAAGAAGAAUUUAUAGGCUUGAUCAAGAAGAAAGAACGAGUUAUUCUCUCAUGCAAUCUCGGGGAUCGAGCCGGAUCAUGAUCAUUAAUAAUAAUCGAUUUGAUAAAGGAAUCGUCACCUAGACCGAUCUCUUUAAAUCGCGGUGUGUUGUAGUUAUCAAUUCUCAACUGGGCUCGCAUACAAAGUAGAACACGGGCGGCACGUGUUGAUAAAUUGAAAAUUCUCUUAUAACGAUCAAGUGAUAAACGUGAGGUAAUAGCAGCAAUUCGUAUUUAUAUAUAUAUAUAUAUAUAUACACACACAUAUAUAUAUAUAAAUGUAUGUAAUAUGAUAUACAUGUGUAUAUGUUACUAUGAAAGUCAUCGCAAGUAGUAGAGCACGAGUACUAAUCAGACAUAAUCUCGAUCGUAAAGUAUUAUCACUAUAUAAUCGGAGAUAUCAAUUAAAAAUAAUGAUCAUAUAGAGAUCACGAGAUUCUUGAAUUUGGAAAACAAACGUUUAUCACGGACAAUUUGCCGGCAUGAUAAUAUCAAAGAAAAAAACAAAAAAAAAAAAAAAGAAAAAAGAAAUAACACUUGGACAAGUCUCGUACACCCAAUUAUUAUAUACCUAAAGUAUAUAUAAUGACACCUCUUUAAUAGCACCUUAAAUACUCUAUACUUUUGGCCGAGGAUUAUCAAAGAGUUUUUGUAAAAGAAGAAGAAGAAAAAAAAAAAAAGAAAAAAAUCUCGCCUCUUUGUAAAUUCUACUUCGUAUUAUUAUGCAAUAACUCUCCCACUUUUUUGAUAAAAAUCGUAUAUAAAACGCCAUCGUUCAUAUUACCUUUUGAUUUUUUCAUUUGCCAUUAACAACAUUGGUCAAUAUUGCUCUCUUUUUCUCUCUCUCUCUCUCUAUCCCUCGUAUUUUUUGUUUUGUCGCUUUAAUUCUCAAAAUGAAACGAAUACAUUUGUUCUUGAUCGUGUCACUCUUCGUCGCUUCGUUCGUCGAGGCUGAAGUCGACUUGAGAAAAAUCACCGCACCUCAACGUAAAAAGUGUCUCGCUGAGAUAGGAUUAACAGAGGAAAUCAUCGACGAGGCAGAAAUUGGAAACUUUUCUGAAGAAGCAAAACUCGGUUGUUACUUCAAAUGCAUGUUAGAAAAGUUUAAUAUGUUCACCAAAGAUGGUAAAUUAAAUUUCAAAAUGAUUUUAAUGUCCAUACCAGACAUAUGGAAAUCUUUGGCUGAAGAUAUGAUCAGCGAGUGUCGUGAUGUCACUGGUUCUGAUAAAUGCGAAUUGUCAUACAAUUUUAAUAAAUGCUUGUAUAUUGCAAAUCCUUUGGCAUAUUUCAUUCCUUAAAUUUCGACGAGUGAAACGAAUAAAAAAAAAACACAAACAAACCAAAAAAAAAAGAUAGGAAAAGGAAACUGCAAACUAUUGCGAUUUUACAAAGCAGGUGAUUAAAAAGACAUGCAUCGUAUCAUGGAUGAAAUUAUGUAUACAA